AUGGCUUCUUCCACCAUGGCUACCGUCCAGGACUACCCCUCCGCCAACGUCAAGCAGGCCCAGCACAACCUGCCCACCCGCCACAUCACCACCACCAAUGGCGACUUCGACACCUCAUAUCCUCCCGAGGCCCGCCGCUACCUCCGUACCUACGGCCUGACUCCCCCCGCCCGCGAGACCCACGAGAUCCAGGCGCAAAGAUGUCUGAGGCUCCUCGCUUCCAAGAGCGCGCCGAUUGACAAGUACCAAUACCUGACUCAUCUCCGCGCAUCCAACCCCCACCUCUUCUACCGCCUCCUUUCCGAGAACGUCAAGGAGCUCACGCCCUUGAUCUACACCCCCACCGUCGGCGAGGCCUGCCUCAGAUGGCACGAAAUCUACACCCAGCCCGAGGGCAUGUACCUCUCCUACGCAGACCGCGGCAAUUUGCACAGCAUCAUGCAGAAUUGGCCCCACAAUGUCGAAAUCACCGUCCUCACCGACGGCUCGAGAAUAUUGGGUCUCGGUGACCUGGGUGUGAACGGCAUGGGCAUUCCCGUUGGCAAGCUUGCGCUGUACACUGCCUGCGCCGGUAUCAGGCCUGAUGCCACUCUGCCUCUUACUUUGGAUCUCGGAACCAACAACAAGGCUCUGAGGGAAGAUCCGCUCUACAUGGGCAGCAGGAGGGAGAAGAUCUCUCCUGCUGAGGAGCGGGAAUUCCUGGACGAGCUCAUGGCUGCUCUCACUGAGAGGUGGCCUGGCAUCGUCAUCCAGUUUGAGGAUUUCAAGAACCCCUUCCCCGCUCUCGAGCGCUACCAGAACACCUACACCAUGUUCAACGACGACGUCCAGGGAACUGGCGCCGUCAUCGUGGGCGGGUUCAUCAGAGCUGUCAAGGCCGCUGGCAUCCCUGUGAGGGAUCACCGCGCCGUUUUCCUCGGAGCCGGUAGCGCCGGCACCGGCGUCGCCAAGCAGAUUGUCGAGUUCUUCAUGAAGGAGGGCUUGACUGAGGACGAGGCGCGCAGGAAGUUCUGGUUUGUGGACUCGAACGGUCUUGUUACCAACGACCGUGGCGACAAGCUGGCGGAGCACAAGGUUUACUUUGCCCGUGACGACAACGAGGGCAAGCAAAUCCACUCGCUCUCCCGUCUGAUUGAGUACGUGAAGCCGACCAUUCUCAUGGGUCUGUCGACGAUUGGCGGUGCCUUCACCAAGGAGAUCCUCACCCGCAUGGCCGAGCUCAACCAACACCCCAUCAUCUUCCCGCUCUCCAACCCCUCUUCCAAGUCUGAGUGCAACUUCGAGGACGCCGUCAAGUACACCAACGGCCGCGUCCUCUUUGCUAGCGGCAGUCCCUUCCCCAACGUGGACUUUGGCGGCAAGACGCUUGUUCCUGGUCAGGGCAACAACAUGUACGUCUUCCCAGGUAUCGGUCUCGGUGCGAUCUUGUCCAAGGCCGUCAACGUCACCCAAGACAUGAUCUAUGAGUCUGCCGUCGCCCUCUCGGAGUCUCUUACUCCCGAGGAGCGGGAACAGGGCUGGCUCUACCCUGACAUCCGUCGCAUUCGCGAGGUCAGCGUUGUCGUCACUCGUGGUGUCAUCCGCGCUGCGCAAAGCAACGGUGUUGACCGUGAGCUUGCUCUCCGCAACUUGGAUGAUGCGGCGUUGGAGGCGUACAUCAAGGAGAGAAUGUAUGAUCCCUUCACCGAGACUGAGAAGGUGGAGGAUGAGAUCAAAGCGUUGGCCCACUUGGCCGACAGGUCUCAGGGCAGUCACUUGUAG